AUGGGCAUUUUCAACCAUCAACAAUUGAUGGGCCCUUCAUUUCAGUUCUCUUCUCUUCUGAAGAGGUUUUUUGUUGUUUUUUUGUUUUUUUUUGUUUUUUGUUUUGGGGUUUUGCAAAUAAAAUAA